AAACUUGAUGAAAAUCCACAAAAUACAGAUUGAGAGGCAGCACUGAGAGGGAGUUACUUCUCAUUCGAUAUUCCUAUUGCCAAAGUGAAACUCUCUUGUUUUCUUGCAAGAUGAAAAGAAUCAACCAUGUAUGAGCCACCUCUGGACAGUAUAGCAAAUGCUUCCGAUUUCCCUGAUUAUGCAAUUACUCUUGAAAAUUGCACUGAUGAAAAAAUCCCACUCAAGAUGCACUACCUCCCUGUUAUUUAUGGCAUCAUCUUCCUCGUCGGUUUCCCAGGGAACGUGCUGGCCAUUUCCACUUACAUUCUCAAAAUGCGUCCCUGGAAAAGCAGCACCAUCAUCAUGCUGAACCUGGCCUGCACAGACCUGCUGUAUCUCACCAGCCUCCCCUUCCUGAUCCACUACUAUGCCAGUGGGGAAAACUGGAUCUUUGGGGAUUUCAUGUGCAAGUUCAUCCGCUUCGGCUUCCAUUUCAACUUGUACAGCAGCAUCCUCUUCCUUACCUGUUUCAGCAUCUUCCGCUACUGUGUGAUCAUUCACCCGAUGAGCUGCUUCGCCAUCCACAAGACCCGCUGGGCAGUGGUAGCCUGUGCUGUGGUGUGGGUCAUUUCACUGGUGGCCGUCAUCCCCAUGACCUUCCUGAUCACAUCGACCACCAGGACCAAUAGAUCUGCCUGUCUUGACCUCACCAGUUCAGAUGACCUCACCACCAUUAAAUGGUACAAUUUAAUUUUGACCGCCACCGCUUUCUGCCUCCCUUUGGUGAUAGUAACACUUUGCUACACGACGAUUAUCUACACCCUAACCCAGGGACUUCAGACGAGCAGCUGCCUUAAGCAGAAAGCUCGGAGGCUGACCAUUCUGCUGCUCCUCGUGUUUUACAUAUGCUUUUUACCUUUCCAUAUCUUGAGGGUCAUUCGGAUUGAAUCUCGCCUGCUUUCCAUCCGCUGCUCCAUCGAGAAUCAGAUCCAUGAAGCUUACAUCAUUUCCAGGCCACUGGCUGCCCUGAACACCUUUGGUAACCUGUUACUCUACGUGGUGGUUGGCGACAACUUUCAGCAGGCCGUGUGCUCCAUAGUGAGGUGCAAGGCAACCGCGGAACUCGAGCAAGCAAAGAAGAUCAGCUACUCAAACGGCCCCUGAGAUACUUCACAGACUCAGCCACAAACAAGAGUCUGCUGAUACUUCACUCUUCACUCCUGAGAAGUCUGAAACGUCUCCCUCCAUGGAACUCCUAGUAAAUA